GCGACACGCGGCAUAUUUUAUCGAAAAAACUGCGGUCACACUGCUCGAUUCCGACACAAAAUCAAACCUUAUUUUUGUUAAUUUAAUUUCAUAAAACAUACGAAAAUGGCGCAAAGUGCUCCAGCCUGUAAGGAUACACAGGACUUUCAAUUUAAAGUGCACAACAAAUUUGCGGCGUUCAAAAAAUGCGGCGAGCCCCGCAGCAAUGUGAAUCUUUUGGCGAUUUCCUGCAGCCGCGGCUUGCUCUUUGCCAGCAACCCAACGCAGCCGGAACUUAAGGUGAUCAUCCUCAAGGAUUUGGCCAGUGCCAACAAGUCGAUCGGCGAGCAGCCGCAAGCGAGGAGCGUGCCCCUGCCCAGCGUGCCCAACUACAUUUCGUGCAGUGCCGAUGGCACUCUGCUGGCCGUUAACCUCACACAGAAUGGCACCAGCCUGCUCAACAUAUACGCUGUGCAGACGUUCCUGACUGCGGAUGUGAGGCUGGUGUACAGCAUUCGGCUGGCCAGCGAGGACUAUGUCCAUGCUGUGCAGCUGCUGUGGAAUCCCGUCUUGCCCGGCAGUCUGGCCGUAGUGCUGAGCAACGGUGCCCUCGGCAUGUACACCCUGAAGGAGGGCGACACCUUCGAGAUGCAUUCGCUGGACAAGAGUCAGCAGGUGAAGUGCGGCUGCUGGUCGCCCAAGGGCAAGCAGAUUGUCCUGGGCUUCCCCGGGGGCAAGAUACAGCAGUUCAAGCCCGAUCUCACACCAGCCAAGACACUGGUGUGUCCACCCAACAUCCACGAUGCUCCGUUCGACACCAUCGCCAUUCAGUGGCUCUCGACGUACCAGUUCGCUGUGGUCUUUCUGCAGCAUGGCGAGGACUGUAGUCCCGCGCUGUACAUUCUAAAUGCCCCCAAAGGUGGCGCACUCAGCUAUGUCAACUACUACGACAUCUGCUACAGCCUCAAUGGGCCGCGGAAUCAUCAGUUUUUCUUCAAUCAUGUCGCCCAGUGGAAUUUGCUGCUGGUGACAUCGGCCAAUGGCGUGGAAGUGGGCAUAAUGGGCACCUUCGAGGCUGGCGACACACCCGCCUGGCAGCAGUUUACGCUGCUGGAUGAGGCGAGGAUCGAACUGCCGCUGACUGAGGGCAGCCAAGAGGAGACCUUCCCCCUGGGGUCUGUCUACGACACUUCCUCCACGCACCAACUGUCGAUCAACGAGCAGAAGCUACCCACAAUGCCCAUGGUGCAUGUCCUGGGCACGGACGGCACCCUUCUCUCCUUCAACUUUCUGAAUCUGCUGCCAGGGGCGCCCUCUGUGUGCUCUCCGCCGCCGCCAGUGUUUGACAGCUCGGGACAGUUCCGUCCGUUGGACACGCUGCUGCCAGCUGACAGUGAAGCGGAGGCAGCCACACCACCGCCAGAGCCUCAACCGACUCAGUCCGCUCCCACGGACAUGUCCUUUGCCUUCACACCAAACACGGUGACCUCGACGCCAGCUCCUGCCAAAGACAAGCCGCCAUCGCUCUUCUCUGGCUUCGCAGCACCCGCAGCGAGUACUCCAUUUGGCGUGGCUCCAAUUGCUGCUCCAACCGCGACAGUUGCCAGUUCCGCUUCGGGAUUCGGUGGGUUUGGUGCGCCCACGUCGACUCCUGGCUUAGGAUCGAUGUUCUCCGCGCCAGGCGCACCCGCAACAGCAACCUCUAGCGCCUUUGGUGGUCUGUCUCUGGGGAAACCCAAUGUAAUGCCGAGUGUGGCCAGUGCUCCCGUUUCUGCCCCACCGUCCGCACCGGCUGCUGCUGCUGCUCCUGCUCCCAUCAACAAGCCGCUGUACACAGUUCCGCACACAUUUACGCCAGUGGCCACAAAGCAGCCAGCGGCAGCGUCAGCAGCUCCCUUGUCCAGCCAGUCGCUGGAUAACACAGAGACCAUCGUCAGGGACAUGAUAGCCCUGCAGAUCGAAGCAUUCAAUCAGGACAUACAGCAGCAGAAGGCACUCACCACGGAGCUGCUCAACACGAUUGCAGCUCCCUCGUCGCUUAAAAAGUACGCCAAACGGUUGGACGACCUCGAGGAGCUGAACGAGCAGGCCAAGGAUGUGGAGUUCGAGUUGGAUGUGCAGGGACUGCGACAGGGUCUGAAUGAAGCCUACGCCAUAGUGGCCGAGUGCCGUGGCAAGCUGGAGGUCUACAGAAAGCCAGACAUUACGCGGCUGAUGAAUUCGAGCUCCUAUGAUCCCGCUGGACGCCGCAUGCUGGCUCGCCUGCAGAGCUAUGUGGCGGCCAAUGAGGCGCAGCUGCGUCUGGCCCAGCAGCAAGUGGAUCUGCAGUGGGAGCAGUUUCAGGAUGUGUUGCGGCGCAAGUCCAAGUCGAGCAUGCACAUACCGUGCCUGGAGGGAAUCUAUCAGCAACUGACGCGCCUGCAGAACCUUGCCUCCGACCAGCGGAUCAUGCAGAACAGCAUCAAGGCCAAGCUCAAGGAGCGUGGGCUGCUCCAGGCCGCUCUACUCGACCAGGACAAGAGUCGCACGCGCACCAAUGAGGCUGUGGAAACCUUGGCCGACUCGAUUCUCUCGAUGAGUCUUAGCCAGGCCGUUGACUCGAAUGCUGCCAAGCUCACGCAGCACAAGUUGCGCCAGAUCCGGAAAGUGGUGCAACUGCAGAAGGUCAGCAUCAUUUGUCCCCAGCGUCCAGAUCGUGUGGGACUCAAGUCGGAGGUUAUAAUCGAGACGAAGCGCAAGGCAGAGAUGGUGAAAAAGGCCGCUGCCAAGGCGACGACUGCCAAUAAGGCAACCCAGGCAGCGGCCGCACCUGCCCCGGCACCAGCUCCUGUUGCUGCGCCACAACUACCAAAACCGACAGCAUCGAAGCCCGCGGUCAGCAUUCCGGCCAUUAGUGCUGCACCCAUUGCCACGCCAUUCGCCUUCAGCCAGAGCAGUCCGUUUGUGAAGACUUCGAGUGUGACGACGACAACGACCACGGUAAGCUCUGGGGAGGCGCCCAAGCCAGCUCUCUCCAUGUUCGGAGGUCUAAGCAGUGGAUCCGGCUCGAGUUUUGGCCCGGUAGGAGGCGGUCUUUCGUUUGGCGUUGCUCCAGCAGCGGACAGUUCAGGCGGAGCCAAGCCGUCGCUCUUUGCCGGUUUUGGGAUUGGCAAAGAGGCCACAGCAAAGCCUACUCCAGAGCCAACAAAGCCACAGGAUCCGCUAGCCAAGGAAACUUCACCAUUCGGAGGUGACUCUGAGCCAACGAAGGCGCCGGAAACCCCAAAAGCCGAGACAGUAGGGAAAUCGUUUGCCUUCACAGGCUUCGGAGGAACUGGGACACCCAGCUCCACGUUUAGCUUCGGAGGACUGGGCUCUUCGCUGGGUUUUGGCGGUGUGUCAAAGCCGGACACAACCAAUGCUGGAGUGACAUCAUCAGCGUCUGCCGUUCCUCGUGGCCUGUUCGCUGCAGCUGCAACGAAACCCAAUGAAAGCGAAGCAGCUGUAAGCAGCAGCAGCGCCACCAAGCCCACGGCCACAUCUGUUGCUAGCCUGAGUGCUGCUCCUGCCAUGCCCACAAGCAACAGCGGAGUGACUAGUACCGCACCCAGCAGCUCUGAUUCGCUUGGCGGGCUCUUUGGAUCUGUCAAUAUUUGCAAGCCACAAACUAAGGAAACUUCCGCAGCGUCUGGACAGCCUGGAAAUAUCUUUGAAAGCGGCUUCACCUUUGGGGGUCGAGGUGGAGAUGCGCCAAAGGGUUUGUUUGCCACAAUUACUCCAGUUACAACAGCCACCGAAACAACUGCAGCAGCCGCACCAGCUAUGACAAAACCUGAGCCAGUGAGCAGCACAGCUGGAACAGCUGCAUCGACUGCUGCGCCAGCAACUGCAACUUCCACAGCAACUGUGGCCGCUGCACCCACACCCACAACGACACCAGCUGCACCAACUGUGGUUGCGGUUCCACCAAACAUUGCUCCAGCUACAGCGCCAGCGUCGACUGCCGCUCUGACUGUCACCUCAAACGCAGCCGUGCCAGGCAGUACGUUCUCCUUCUCGAACGCAUUCAGCAGCCUCGGCACCGCACCAGCCGCCGCACCUGUGACUGCCAGCAGCUCCAGUGCCAGCACAGUGAGCAAUGCAUCGUCUUCGGUAUUUGGAGGAUCCUUUUCGGCAGCAGCAGCUGCACCAGCAACCACCGGAGCACCAGUAGCAAGCAAUCCAUUCCAGGCGUCGACAACGUCUGCAGCCCCAGCACCCGCCACGAAUCUUUUCGGAAAUGUGGCCAAGCCCGAGGCCAGCGUGUUUGGCGGUUCACCUGCAGCCAAUGCCACUCCUGCUGCAGCCGCGGCAUCCCCGCCGAGUGGCCUCUUUGCAUCAGCAGCCAUCAGCAAUCCAGCGCCUUUUGGAAGUCCAACAUCGGGAGCAGCAGCCUCCGGGGGCAACAUCUUUAGCCAGGCCAACAAGCCAAGUGUAUUCGGACAGCCGGCUGCAGCAGCAAGCGGUGGCGGAUCUAUCUUUGGAGGCUCAGCCGGUUCUUCAUUCGGAUCGACAUCCAUUUUUGGUGGAACCAAUGCGCAGAGUCCUGUCAGUGCACCCGCUGCUGGAAGUACAUCCAUUUUUGGCCAGAACGUCUUUGGACAGCCUGCGGCACAAGCAGCGUCCCCUGUGGCAGGCGGUAAUAUAUUCGCAAGUCCUGUCAGCGCCAGCCAACAGCCGCAGCCCUCUGCCUUUGGCGGAGCCGGAUCUAUUUUUGGCGGACCAACGACGCCGAACUCUUCACCUGCAUCUGGCGGAUCAAUCUUUGGCGGUGGCAGCAGCACUGGUUUUGGUUCAUUCUCACAGACUGCUCCUGCUGCUGGAGGCUUUGGCAGUGGCUUUGCUCAGGGCGGGGGAUCGUCAGUGGCCCAGUCCGGAUUUGGGUCCCCCCAAACGCCUCAGCAGCCUGCUCCGGGUGGAUUCGGAGCGAAGCCCGUCUUCGGUGGCUCUCCAGCCUUCGGGGCCAGUCCCACCUUUGGCGGAGGCGCAACCUUUGGCAGUCCCAAGGGAUUUGGUGGCUUUGGAGCCAGUCCUAAUGUGGCCGCCCCACCAGCCUUCGGAGCUCCUGCGAAACCAGCUGGAGGCAACAUCUUCGACACUUUGGGUGGACAGGAAUCUGGCUUGUCCUUUGGCAAUCUGGCCCAAACUGGCAACCCUAAUGCCCAGAAGCCAGCUUUUGGCGGAUCGAGUUUUAUGAAUUAUCGUUGAAUUUCUGUACUGUUCUGAUUUGUUCUUCCUGUUUCGAUUCGAUUAUAAGUUUAACAAUUAAAUCCUAAUUAUAUGUAAAUGCUUAACUAUAUUUCAACACAA